GUCGUCGGCGAUGGUGCCCGUGUAGUAGACACGGAUUCAGGCGAACUGGUCAGUGAAUGGCUAGCCGCUGACGGUGUGCGCAUCAGCGUGUGUGCUGGUAACAGCUCACAACUAGUGCUGGCCAUGGGGGGGAGUGAGUUGGUGUAUCUCCGCGUAGAUCAAGAUGGUGUGAUGACUGAGGUGGAGCGUGUGACUAUGGACCACGAAAUCGCGUGUCUGGGCUUGUCGCCGGUGGGUGUUGAAUAUCCCGGGGCAAAAGGCGCAGAUGCGAUGGAUAUGGAUGGACAAUUCACAGAGAACGAGGCGCAUUUAGUAACCGUGGGGCUCUGGACAGACAUCAGUAUACGUGCGCUGUACCUGCCAUCGCUAACCGCCGCGGCUAAG